UUUUCAUUGAAUAUUUUACAUUAAUCUCAACGUGAGUCCCUUUCACUUUUUCACUUAUCAACUGGUUUUAACACCAACAAUCAAAUUGAUCAACAAUUUAAGUGAUUGACAGUUAAUGUGUAAAUAUUUUCAAUCAAUCAACAAUUAAAACUUGAUGAGGGGACAGAAAAUUUCAAAUAAUCAGUAAAUUCUGAUAUUUAAUCUCAUUCUUAUUCGUUCAAAUUACUUUUUCUUUAAUCUUUUCAUUUUCUUUUAAAAUCUUUUGAUCGCUAUGGCUUUAAAUUCAACCGUUUACCCUAAGGACUGACCCUAAACAGAAUAAAACAAAUCCAAGUCCGCGAGGCAGUUUCGACACACUGACCAAUCGUCUUCCUUAUUCUCAUGUGCUUUCAACUGAUCAUCCCCUGUUAAUAUAAAAGGACUCUGGCCUUGGCCGAUCACUUCAGUCUCGUUCCUCGUUGCAACCGAUCAGAGAAAAUCAAUUCAACACCAAGUGUGUGGUGAUAAUAAUUUAUCUCUAAUUGUUUUUAUCGUCGGUUAAAUGACAAUGUCCUUUUCUCGAAUAAGUUCAUCAACAAUUCAUCGACUAAGUAAAACUUUCAACUAUUAUGUUCACGACUUUUGGGAUCACCAGGGUGACCCGAGAAUCGCCGACUAUCCUUUCUUCAAUUCUGGUCCAUGGUUAACAUUAACUCUCGUCGGUUUAUAUUUGCUCAUCGUUAAGUAUUUUGGUCCAAUGUGGAUGAGAGAUCGUAAACCAUAUGACCUACGUCGUGUUCUGGUCGGUUACAAUGCUGCGAUGGUCGUUCUCUCAGGUUAUCUCUAUUAUCAUGGUUCUAUCAUGUUAUCGUUCGGAUUAGAUACAUGGGGAUGUAAGCCCUCCGAUCCGAAGGAUUUUUCUGAUGAAACUUUAGAAUUUUUCAGUCUUGGUUGGUUGUUUUUCGUAUCCAAGUUGAUUGAGUUCGCCGAUACUUUUUUCUUUGUUCUGAGGAAGAAAAAUUCUCACAUUUCCAAUCUCCAUGUUUUCCAUCACUCGACUGUACCAAUUUCCGUUUGGAUUGGAAUGAAGUUCUAUCCUGGUGCAAAUAACUCGUUCUUUCCUCUUCUCAAUUCGGGUGUUCAUACGUUCAUGUACACUUAUUAUGGAUUAGCUGCUUUCGUCUCUGGUGCCAAUGGUUCGUCGUCUUAUCCUCGAAUCACAAAACUCCUGCGAACAACAAAAAAAUACUUGACCACUCUUCAGAUCGGUCAGUUUAUUCUCGCCAUUCUCCAUGGACUACAUUUCUUAGUUCUGCCCGAUUGUGCCUUCCCUAAAUCCGCAUUAGUCGUUAAUCUGGGUAAUGCUUUUAUCUUUCUCGGACUUUUUUACUCUUUUUAUAAAAAAUCAUAUACAAGAAAAACUGACUGACCAAUGGUCAGAAAAUAAUCUAAAUAAAUUGUUACCCUUAUUUUAAUCAAUUA